CUGCUAAUGUUCGAGUUGCGCCAACACGUUCAUGACGUUGACACGUACACUGUACAUAUAUACUUCGGACCUUCACUUUUCUUGUGGAAUAAAUACAUGUUUUUGUAUUUAAUUUAGAUUAUUUGGCGAAGCUGGUGUGGAUAAGGAACUGGUUUGUCAUUGACUUCCACAGUAGGUCAUAUGAGGUACAAGUAGCCAAGAAGUACGUACAAAGUAUGUAGAACAGGUUUGUGAUCUGUUAGAUACGAACGUAAAUCAGAUCUGUGACCACAAUGGCAAAAGAAGAAGUGAAGAGUCCCCUGAAUGUCCGUACUCCGGUGGUCAUCUUGACCACCCUUUUUGGUAUUGGCUCCUGGAUUGCCAUCAAUGGCCUCUGGGUAGAGCUCCCCCUCUUGGUCUCGCUGGACAUCCCUGAGAACUACAGCCUGGCCUCCUACCUGACGGUGAUCAUCCAGCUAGCCAACGUGGGGCCCCUGGCCUUCUCCCUGACGCACUUCUUCCUGUUGAAGGGCAAGCGCAUUGAGAUACCCACCGUCUUCAUCAUUGUCAGCCUGGGCUGUGCCUCCACCCUUCUGCUGGUCUUCUUCUGGGACCGCUACACCGUGUGGCAGGUGGACGGUAAACUCCACAGCACAGCGCUGCUGGUCCUGGCCUUCUUCCUGUCCAUUGUGGACUGCACCUCCUCGGUGGCCUUCACCCCCUUCAUGUCCCUGCUCAAGAGCUCCUACCUAACUUGGUACUUCAUUGGGGAGGGCCUGAGCUCGCUCCUGCCCAGUGUCAUGGCACUGAUCCAGGGCGUUGGGAGCGUGGAGUGCACGGCCAAUGGCACUUACGUCAAUCACACUGUUAUUGGCAACGAGACCAUCUGGCAGAAUUGUACCCACUGGGUCAGCAGGAACUCGGCCGCCCGCUUCCCUCCUCAAGACUUCUUUGGGUUCCUCUUUGCCAUGAUGCUGACGUGCGGCAUCGCCUUCACCAUGCUGAAUUACCUUCCACUGGCCAAAAAGGAACACAUCCAGGGUCGGCCGGCAUCACAAUCAACGUCUUCAGCAGGCUCUGAUUCCUCAACUUCCUCUGAGAGCCACUCCCUUGUUGCCCGCUCUGCAAGGAAUCCAGGCACUCCCGCUUACGGAGACGAAGCCCAGGACAUGCUGCCGGCACCCAAGGAGAAUGCAGAAGAAAGCACCCUGGAUAGCAGCAAGCCUCCCACCGACUACCGACUCCUGACCAAGAGACAGCUGAUCUACCUUUACGCAGUCCUGUGUUUUGUCUGUGCACUUAGUAAUGGUGUUCUGCCAUCCAUCCAGUCCUUCUCCUGUGGGCCCUACGGCCUCAACACGUACUUACUGGCCUCAACCUUGGCCAACAUAGCCAAUCCACUGGCUGCAACUCUGGUCAUGCUGGUGCCGUCCACAAAUCUUGCCUUGGUAGGGAUGACAGCCCUGUUUGGAACAGCAUUUGGUGCAUAUUGCAUGUUGACGGCAGCUCUCAGCCCUACACCACCUUUACAGCAUGAACCUAUAGGCAGCGCAUUAAUCAUCCUGGCGUGGAUUUUGAUGACGGGCCUCUUCGUCUACACUAAGGCCACCAUCGCUUGGAUCCUGCGCACCCAGCCCAACAGCCGUGGCCUCCUGAUCUGGUAUGGUGGAAUCACACAGGUGGGGUCUCUGGUCGGUUCCUUCGUCAUGUGGCCUCUCGUCAACGUGGCCAAGGUGUUUCAUCCCUCCUACGAAGACCCAUGUGAGGGUUACCCCAGGUGUGAGCUGGUUGAGGCAACCGUAUCUUACUCGGAGCUGUAGCCAAAGAGUUCUCAAGAAGUUGGAUUUGCGAGAUUCAUUUUUCAUUCCCAGCACAAACACAUGUGCCUCUGUACUUCAUAUCAACCAACACCAGCAACUGGUGUGUGCUUAUAGAAAGUGAUUGCGGGUCCGUUUCCAUGGUUUUCUGAUGUGUUAUUAUGUACAAUGAGAUAAAAAUAGCAUUAUAAGUAAUGUUAUAAAAAGUGCUUGAUAAGCAUGCAUUAUACAGUACUGCUUUUUUAUACUUGCUUACUGUGUAUAGCUUUUCCAUAUGUGUACUGCAAGUUGGAUCUAACUGUAUGUGCUUGCUUAAAUAACUGCCCAUUAUUCAUCUUUCACUGAAAUGAGUUCCACUAGUAUUUUGUAAAGCGUUGUCCACUGUCAUAAUACUGAAUGUUGAGUUGUAAUGCUUGGGUUGUGUUUUAUUUUCCUUUAGGAGAAAAUGUGUUAUGUACAUGUGUUGUACAUUUAACUGGUCCCGGGACCUGCAGGGAAUUGAUACGUAUGUGCACCAAGCUUCUUAAUGAAAUCUGAAAAUUUUGAAACGAUUGUUGUUAGUCUGUAUCUUUCUGAAAGGAAAAAAUUUACGUAGAUGUGUAAUCUUGUAUUUGGAUUCGCGCCAGUUACAAAUCGUCCAGAGUCAAGGGAGAAGUUUAUUGAAGGUGGCAAUUGUUUCAAAGACAUUCCUUUCUCAUUGUUCAUUCCCCGUGAUGGGAACCCGACUUGUGGCUUGAGAUGAACUCAGCCAGAAGUCGAUCCCUUUCAGUGUUUUUCACUCUGAACAUAUUCUUGGCAAAAUACAACAAAACCCAACAGCUGCAAACUGUUGAAGCAUGCCGAAUCUAACAGAAACCAGCAGUCAGAACAACUGUUUAAUUAACCCUGUCCUAAAUAGUGAAGUCUGACACACAUGUAAGGGUGGAACGUUUACAGUUUAAAGCGUUUAAACAAAAAAGUUCCAAAUCCGUUUACAGAUUUUCCCAAAUGUUUUAUAAACGAAAUCGCCCCUUUUAGA